AUACCCUAAUUAAAGUUUGAAAUGUAAAUAUUAACCAUCGGUUACAGCUCUCGGAAAUUUCAAAACUAUCCAGAUAUAGUAGAGUACAAUAUUAUUAUUAUAAAGUCAUUUUUCUUUUGGGUUUCAUUCAUUCUGCUUUGUAACAACGAAGACCCUCUCUCUCUCUCUCCUCUUUCUCUCUCUAGAUUUCGACACCCAAAUCCCCUCCAACGCACACCAAAACACACACACACACUCGCACAGAUCACCCACAACGCGCCACCCUCUCUUCCCCCAAAUCACCUCUCCCCAGAUUCAAAGGUGCUCGCAGCUAUAAAUCCCUAGCAAAUCUCCGGUAUACAGUGGAUGAAGAAGGAAUGGACGUAAAUCACACCACCAUCAAUUCUGUGCUGGAGCUAGCAUGCACCGCGUAAGAUACGUGGCGAAUAGUUUUGAUUUCUCCAGUCGAUUUUAGGUGAAUCGGAGAUAAUUAGAUGUCGCACCAGACGGUGAAGGUGCGGCGGGAGGCGGUGGUGCCAUGCAUGACAUGCCUUCUCUGCCACAAGCUCCUCCGCGAUGCCACCACUAUAAUUGAGUGCCUCCACACUUUUUGCAGAAAGUGCAUAUACUACAAGCUUUCGGAUGAGGAAAUGGAGUGUUGUCCAAUAUGCAAUAUAAAUUUGGGAUGUGCUCCAGUUGAGAAGUUGAGGCCGGAUCAUAAUCUACAAGACGUAAGAGCAAAAAUAUUUCCUCAUAGGAGAAUAAAAGUGAAGGCCCCUAAUUCUGCAACACCCGUUAUGUUGCCAGCUAAGCGAAAAGAAAGAUCGCUCUCAUCUUUGGUGGUUAGUACACCGAGAGUUACAGCACAGACUGGCAUGACUGGUCGAAGAUCCAAAUCCAUUGCAAGAAAAGCUUCAAAGGGUUCAAAUUUUACCAUCGAAAAACCCGUGACAAACACCAUUGGAGACCACCUUGAAAGCUUUAGCUCACAGGAGAAGUUAAACAAACUUUCUCAAAAUGUGAAACAGAAUUCUGCUGUGGGCGAGCCAUCUAUGCAUUCUGAGAAUUACGAAGGAAAAGUCGAUUUGUGGAAACCUUUAACUUGUUUGGUCGAAGCAGCGAAUGGGAGCAAGUCUUCUAAAUCUGAAGAACAGCGUACAUUUGACAAUGAGGAGGGUCUUCUCAGGAAAACAAAAAAUAAGGAACUUAGGAAGAAGGCAAAGGUUAAAGAUGAGAAGAAUUUUAGUGACCAUAAUACCCCUCUAGAAUCUGAUAAGCCUAAAAAGAUGCGCAAAAUACGUCACAAGGUGCAAAAUUUUGGUGAAAUGAGGGUUUCGCCACAGGUGAUGCUCGAUGCUGCUAGUGCUAAAUCUGAGAGAAGGAAUUAUCCAAUUUGGUUCUCCUUAGUGGCCUCUAAUGAACCGGAAGGAGAUGCACCACCCUUGCCUCAGAUCUCGGCAAGUUACUUGAGAAUAAAGGAUGGGACAAUACCAGUUUCUUUUAUUCAAAAGUACCUUAAGAGGAAGUUAGAUCUGCCUAACGAAGUCGAGGUUGACAUAAAAUGCAUGGGGCAGACGGUGGUCCCCACAUUGACCCUGAACAAUCUAGUUGACCUUUGGCUUCAAACAACUUCUACCGACAGAGUGUCCGCCACUAUCGGCUCUUCUGCCAAGGACUUUGUCAUGGUGCUCGGUUAUGCUCGCAGACUUCCAAAUUCUUGAACGCAAUUUCUAUUCUGUUUUUUUUUUUUUUUUGAAUUUUUUUCCAUUUCCAGUUUAUUAUAUAAAAAGUUUGCAUGAGAGUUGAUCUUCGAAUUCGUGGAAGUGUUGUAACAAUAUAUGUAACUUAUGAUGUUUGGGAGCACAAUCCUAAGAGUUCCGUUGAUGUUUUCUUUCUUAUAUGAUGUUUGUUUUCUCUUGA